CACAGAGGAAGAGAAGACAGGACGCCGGUGUGGAUGAACUUUUGACGAAGAUAAACACGCAGACAGCCGACCAUGAUGUCUUUUAAUAAAACUCGUUCUGUAUUUCCACACAUCUGUCACCUCGUAAACUCAAACAUGGCGACGGCGCAGAGAACCAGGAGCCUUUAUCACCAGCUCAGGAGUCUGUCACACCUCACUGGACUUCCUCCUCUCACUAAACACACUCUGCAUCCCAUCUGUCAAACUGCGCACAAAUGCUUACAGAGCAGAGUCGAUGCUGUUAGCUGUAGGAAGAACAUCCACCUGACAGCACCGAGGCUGGAUAAACCUUCACCUGGGCAGAUAAGGGAGCUGUCAGAAGCAGAGUACGAGAAGGUGGCAGAAGAGACGUUGGACGCUCUGGCUGAUUAUUUUGAGGACUUGAUGGAUCAAUCUUUCACUGGAGAAGACUGCGACGUCAUCUUCUCUAGCGGUGUGUUGACGGUGAAGCUCGGCGGGGACCGCGGCACCUACGUCAUCAACAAACAGACUCCAAACAAACAGAUCUGGCUCUCAUCGCCCACCAGUGGACCGAAGCGUUACGAUUGGACGGGUGAGCGUUGGGUUUACACACACGACGGCGUCAGCCUCCAUCAGCUGCUCUCUGCAGAGUUUUCACUCAUCUAUAAAAGAAACAUGGACCUCUCUGAGCUGUUGUACUCCUGAGAAAAGACACCUGAUGAGACACACACACUCCUACAGAAUCACCUGUGUGACACCUGAGACCACUGUUAGACCACCUUUAGAUCAUACUGGGGCCAAACACAUAUAUAACCUAUAUAACAUCACUUUUAGACAGCCAGUGAAUAUAAUGACAGUGAUCUGUGUGAGCUGUUCUGUCAUCUUUAUUGUUCUCUGAUUAAGUGUUUGACCUUUUGAUUUUAAGGUAAUUAUGGCACAUUCUCAUUAAAUAUAAAAUAAAUAAACUCAGUCUCCAUAGCAACCCUUCAGCUUCCGUCCCCAUCCACACAAUCAUCAUGAGACUUUUUACACACCACCUUGUUCCAAUGUUUGUCACAACCGGGGGAGUUUUAGCAGACUUCAGUUUGACUUUUGGAUGAGUGCCUUAUUUACUAAUGGGUUUUUCUAAAUACAUAUGAAAUAUAUAAUAUGCAACAUUCUCAAUUUUAAUAUAUCUAAUAUAUCCUAUGUUGGUAAUCCCAAACUGGCGGCAUGCGGGCCACUUCAGUCUCCCCCAAAGCUUCCCAUCCGGCCCCCAGAAUAUAAAUUAUUGUGGGUGAUUAAGCAAUAAACAUAAAAAUAAAAUCACAAGGCGGAUAUACUUUCAUUAUGUUAAUGGUAGAAAUGAGUAGAAAAUGGGGAGAGGGAUGAGGGAGGUGUGUCCAAAGAGAGCGUUUGUUUUGGUCUGAAAAUCUGCUCUGAAAGUGGCAUAGUAAGCCUUUAAUGCACAUGUUUCCACACCAAAGAUUUCACAAGAAGUGUAAACAAAUAGAAAAUCUGUUGUGCUAAUAUUUAUUUUGUCUAGUUUUAAAUGUAGUGUCGACAUAUUCUCUCAUUUCUCUCAGAUAUCCGAUCAGUCUGUAAAACGAACACAGCACUUAGCUAACGAGCUAAUGCUACAUGUAUGAAGGUUACUGGAGCACAACAUUGUUCACGUUUGUCACUGAUGCAUUCAAGAUAAAACGGUCAUUACAACAUGUUCCUGUCACAGUUCUAGUCAUUUCUUUUUAAUGAGGUCAUUUGAUUUUCAGGUUUUUUGAACAGAUGAGGAAGGAUUCAUGAAACCUGCAGCAUUUAUAAAAUAAACUGUAUCACUGCAGAAAUGGGAAAUAACUACUUAGAUUUAUUUUAUUUAGUACAUUUAUGUCAUCAAUCAUUUCUGUUAUUUCAUGGGGUGUUAAGAAUAUUAUAUUUGUAUAUGUUUGAAUAAAAAGCUUUUUUAGAGGCAG